AAAUAAAAGAGAUUAAAAAAAAUGAAUGAAAAAAUAAUAUUUAAAUUAGAUAGAGUAAAAGAUAGAGAGUCUGUUGGAAAGUGUAUUUGAAAAAGUAAUUAGACAAAAGGUAAAAUGAACUGUUCACUCUCCAAACAAGUAAAAAUAGGCAAAAAUUUGGAGAGACUGCUGGUGAUGCUCUAACUAGCUAUUCCACUAUUGAAUUUUAGUUGCUCGAUGCAUGAACGUAGGUGACAAAUUAUUAUAGAACGGUCAUUAGUCUCUUUAAUCAUUUUACUUCUUUUUCAUUGUAAUGACCCUAGCUUAUUAGUCUCUAACAUUGAAAGACUAUUUAUAACUUCUUCUUUUUUCCCUCGGGGAUAAAUAUUCUAACCUAUUCAUGAUAUAUAAAUAGACACACACACAUAUACCUAAGUUCCACACACUUCCACACUUUGCACCAAACCAAGCCCUAUAAUCAUAUUUUCGGAGUCUGAAACAAUGUGGAAGCUGAAGUUUAGUGAGGGCAAUGAUGUGAGGCUUGAAAGCGCAAAUAAUCAUAUUGGAAGGCAAUACUGGGAGUUUGACCCGAAUCUCGGAACAACCCAAGAGCAAGCUCAAGUGGAGAAAGCUCGUGAUGAGUUUAAGAAGAAUCGGUUUCAAGAUAAACAAAGUUCUGAUCUCCUAAUGAGACUUCAGGUAAUUGGCUUAUCUAUAACGGGGGCCCUUAAUGCAAUCUUGCCUCUUGAGCAUCGACAUGAGAUACACCGCUAUCUCUACAACCAUCAGAUGUCUCACCGUUCCUCUCGAGUAAAAGAGCCUGUGAUUGAUGUUCCAUCUCCCCUGUUUCAAAACGGACUCGACAUUCGUCUCAAGAUUCAAAUAGUGAGAGAUUCAGGACUCCCUUCAAUUUAUAGACAUUCUCAAGCAUUUUUGUAGAGUUUCCUACUGUGGUGGGAAGGGUUGUAAAAUUUGAUACCUUGGGGACAACAUUUAUUCCUAGGAUCUUUGAAGCAAAAGAUUGGGCUGAUCUGUUUGGAAACUUCGAGAACCCAAUUGAUGAAUUGGUGAAGGAGUUCUAUUCAAAUGCUAGAUACAUCGGGGUUGAGUUAAAGUGUUAGGUACGAGGAGAGGAGUUCAGCAUCAAUCCAGACUACAUUGCAAAGGCUCUUCGAAUUAAUAGACCAGCAAAUGUGGACCUCACUCCAUAUGAUGAUAGACAGCCUCAGGUACAAGACAUUCUUCAAAUUCUUGGGCCUAAUCAUGAGAUUUCAAGUAAAGGCAUAUCCAUAGGCACUGCAAAGUUUGCACCUGAACUGAAGACUCUCACUUUAAUCAUGUUCUUCAACCUCUACCCACUAUUUAACACCGGUUUCAUCAACCUUGGAUGAGUACAAUUCCUAUGUGAUCUCAUCACCGAAGUUCCGAUUGACAUUUGUGCUCACAUUUUUUAGACCAUUGGGAAAACAGCAGCUCGAACGGCAACCAGAACAUGUCUUCCUUUUUGUAGUCUUCUCAUGAAGAUCAUGGUUCUUGAAGGUGUUCGUCCACCAAUAGAUGGAAAAAUAUUGGCAUGUCUUCGACCAUUAUCCAUGAUAUCUCUUCAAGCAAGUAAGAGUCACUCUUCUAAAACACCUAAGAGUGAAUCUUUCCCUCAUGCUACUCCAUCCGGUUAUGGCUCAGCUACACCUGUGCAUACCGAGAUUGCUUUUCCCAUUACCCCUGAGCUAUAGACAACUAGCACUCAGCAUGAACAAUCUAGCCCUCAAGAUGACAAGUUUGGUAUCUUGUUUGAGAGUCUGCAUCUGCGUACUGCUGGAUUUGAAAAGGUUCUCUACUCCACCAAAAAUCAAGUCCAAAUGCGUCUCACGACCAUUGAGACACAGCUAGAUGCUAUUUAGCAAAAACUAGAGGAGAGUCUUUAGCUAUUCAUGCCAAAAAGGGGGAGAGCAUGUUGUAAGGUGGAGAGCAACACUAGAAGGGAAGUGUGCAUAGUGACAGGGGGAGUUGUUUGCUCAAGAGGAGGAAGCUGAUACAUUUACACAUACAUACUUUUGGAUAGACUAACCUAUGAUUGGCUUAUCUAGUUUACAGUUAUUUUUUUAUAGUUUUUAUAUUGGUUUAAACU